CCCCCCCGGAGCCCCCCGGGGCGCCCCGCUCCCCCGCCCCAGCGCCCCGGGGGGUCGCCGCGCUCCACCCGAUCUCCUGCGCUCCGCGGCGGGUCCCGGAGACGGCGCUGGCCUCGUCCCUGCGAGGGACGAGCGCAGGUCCGGGGCGAUCCGGUUUCCUCCUGCUUGGCCCCGGUGGUGGGGAGAAGGAGCGGGAGCGGGCGGAAUGUUCUUCCUCUUCCGCGGCCCGCAGCGGCGCGGCGCCGGCAGCCCCGUGCCCCCCUCCUGCCGGGGCACCCCCCGGCACCACGGUCCCGGCCGCAGGGGUGCCCGCGGCUCCCGCUCGGCCCCGCGGCUCAGGGGUCCCGGCACCGCGGGCACUGCGGGGAGCCAGGGGAGAUUAAGCCGUAGUGGUGCGUCCCCCGCGGAGCUUCGGCGGGCUGCCGAGGAGCCGGGGCUCCGGCCGCCCCCCGCUUUUGGGCAGGAUGGGAAGCCACGCUCGGGCGCUCCAGGCUCCGGCGCAGGGGACCCCGAGGACGUGCUGGACGCGGCGCAGACCCCCCCGAUGCAGGGAUACUCGGUGCUGCAGGGGCUGGUGGGGCCGGCCUGCAUAUUCCUGCGGCAGAGCAUCGCCAUCACCCAACGGGACCGGGAGCUGCGGCCUGAGGAGAUAGAAGAGCUGAAGCAGGCGUUCCGGGAGUUCGACAAGGACCACGACGGCUACAUCAGCUACAAGGACCUGGGCGAGUGCAUGCGGACCAUGGGCUACAUGCCCACGGAGAUGGAGCUCAUCGAGCUGUCCCAGCAGAUCACCGGGGGCAAGGUGGAUUUUGAUGAUUUCGUGGAGCUGAUGGGCCCCAAGAUGCUGGCGGAGACAGCGGAUAUGAUUGGGAUCAAGGAGCUGCGUGACGCCUUCCGUGAGUUUGACACCAACGGGGACGGACAGAUCAGCAUGGCGGAGCUGCGGGAGGCCAUGCGCAAGCUCCUGGGGCAGCAGCUCAACUACCGGGAGGUGGAUGAGAUCCUCAAGGACGUGGAUCUCAAUGGUGAUGGCCUGGUGGACUUCGAAGAGUUUGUGCGGAUGAUGUCGCGCUGAGGGCGGUGUGUGCCAACGCGGGACCCGAGCUCCCCGUGCCUUACGAAGACAAGGGGGCCACAGAGGGACCCCCAGCUCCAGGGGCUGGGGCAGCGCUGGCACAGCGGUGCCCGUGCCUGGGGUGAGGCUGGGUGCCGGAGCUGCUCCGAUGCUGAGGUCUGACUGGUGGGAGGCACCGGAGCUGAAGUCAGGACCCUUUUCUGCACAGGCUCAGCUGAGCUUCGACUGCUAUUGCCCUCAUCUCUGCUCUCUCCCUGCAUCAUCCCCCUUCCCACCCGAACCUCACCCUAAAAGUCACACCAUUGUGGCCCCCUCUCCUUCAGCUGUGCCCCAUCCCUGCUGCUCGUCCCUCCAGCCUCCAUUCCCAUCUGUGUGCCGCACUGAGCCCCUCAGGCUCCCCCCACAUCAGGUUUAAUGCAAACUGCACAGCAUAACCUGCCCCGUCACCAUGGUUUGACCCACCCCAGACCCACCUAGGGUGAGGCAUCCCUUCCCUUUUGGGGCUGGCACAGACACUCAUGGGUGUUCCGGCAGCCACCAGCACAGGGGAGGCUCCUGGCAGCCCUACUAGGAGACCCUCCAGGAGAGAAAUAAAGCAUUACUGGGUGGAAGGGCCUCAGCCAGCUGCAGGCAGGGCUGCUGUAGGUACCAUCCCUGCCCUGGCUGCAGUUUUGGGGCCAAUUUUGCCCUUUUGAAAUGAUAAAACUCUCUCUACAGACUUA